AUGGGGAAGGACUCGACUUAUCUUGACGCGUUGGAGAUUCAAAGACGCAACUUUGAAGCCCAGUUUGGAACCGUUGAGGAACUAGGGUAUGAAGACAAGUUAGACUCGAAACACACGAAGAAAAGUACUUCUCGGGCAUCGCGAGAUGAGGAUCAAUCAGGCACGGAGGACUCAGACGAGGAUGACUUUGCCGGAUUCGAUACGGACGCAAGCGCAGAUCUGGACUCAGGCUCAGACUCAGACUCAGAGGAAGAACCAGUACAGCUUGUUCCCAAAGUAGUGAAACUCAACUCCAACACCCCGCCACCUCCACCAGCCCCAUCAUCAAAGCAAGAACGCAAACUCCUCAAAUCAGGCAAGGCGGCAACGCUAUCGGAGCUAGAAUCAGCACGCCAGCGCUCGCUCACCCAAACCUCACGCAGAUCAACCAAGCCAUCCGACACCGUGGAGGACUCGGAAAACCUCGAAAAUGACCUCAAGUUGCAACGACUCCUCAAGGAAUCGCACAUUCUCGCAUCCGCCAACGAAGUCAACCCAACAUUCAGCGGCGCAGACCUCACUUUACAAACGAUGGACUACGAUGAUCCAACGGGCAAAUCAAGAAAACGCAUCCUUCUGUCGCGGAUCCAGGAACUCACUCACACAAACAGAAGACACGAGAAGAAACUAGAGAAGAUGCCUAUGAAUAUGCGCAAGGGAAUGAUAGCUAAGCGCGACGCCAGGAUCGCCGCGUAUGAAAAAGAGGCAAAGGACGCCGGGAUUGUGUUGUCCAAGUUGAAGAAGGGCGAAGUGCGCGAUUUGAAUAAGGGCAAACGCGUCACUUCCCAGCUGGACCGAUUGGGGAAUGGGUUGAAGAGCGACAAGGUGACAAAGAUGAGGCAGAGGGGAUUGAAGAUCAACGGGGUUGGUAAGUCGACGAGGAACGGGUUGGUUAUUUCGCAGAGUGAUAUCGACCGGAUUAAUAACCAAGGCAAGAGGUUUAACAAUAAGAAGAAGCGCAGGUGA